CCCUUCACCGAGACCCGCGAAUCCCCUAACUAUGAACCCAGAAGAGGAGUCGCCCUUCCGGCGGAAUCAUAGAGUGCGUGCAAGCGGGCGAGAGUGGCCUUUUCUUUUCAGCCGGAAGUUAAAGAGGCCGGAAGUGUUCGCGCGGAUGGUCUCUCUCCAUCAGCCAAUGGCGAGCUCCUUGCUAGCGCUGUGGGCCUGCAGGGGCCUCGUGGCCCCUGGAGGGGUACCUGGGGGGCUAUCAGUGCGAGAAUUGUGGCGCCGAAGUCCGGCCCUGGGGAGUAAGAGAGACUACCAGAGAUCGACUGGUGCAGGAGGGGAGCCCCUGGGGCUGGGCCGAGCGAGAGGGGAGCUGGCGGUGCGGCCGCGGUCUCUUUGGCAGUCGGCGGGCGCUGCCCAUGGACUCUGCGGGAGCCGGCUCUUUUCCACUGAGGGGCCGCUACCUCGAGGAACCAAGGGCCCGAGUGGCCCCCACGCAGCGGGGCCCGUUUCCUGGAAGUCCCUGGCAUUCACAUUUGCUGUUGGUGGAGCUUUAUUGGCUGGAAUGAAGUACUUCAAGAAAGAAAAGGCAGAGAAGUUAGAGAAGGAACGGAAACGAGCAAUAGGAAAGCCUUUACUUGGAGGACCUUUCUCACUGGUGGAUCACAAUGGAGAACCCAAAACUGAUAAGGACUACCUGGGACAAUGGAUACUGAUUUACUUUGGUUUCACUCAUUGUCCUGAUAUCUGUCCAGAGGAACUGGAAAAAAUGAUAGCUGUAGUGGAUGAAAUUGAUAGUAUUCCAACUCUGCCAAAUUUAAAACCACUUUUCAUCACUAUUGACCCAGAGAGAGACAACAGAGAAGCUGUUGCAAGAUAUGUGAAAGAAUUUUCUCCCAAGCUAGUUGGCUUGACAGGUGGUCCAAAAGAGAUUGAUCAAGUUGCCAGAGCAUACAGAGUUUAUUACAGCCCAGGACCAAAGGAUGAAGAUGAGGACUAUAUAGUGGAUCAUACGAUAAUAAUGUACUUGAUUGGCCCAGAUGGUAAAUUUCUGGAUUAUUUUGGCCAAAACAAGAAGAAUACAGAAAUAGCUGGCUCAAUUGCUGCACACAUGAGAGAUCACAAGAAGAAACACUAAAAUAAUGUUGCUUGUGUUGUGGUGAUGUUUAUUUAACAGUAAGAGAACUUUAUGUCCCUUAGGACAAAGUUUUCAGCUUCUCUAAAUCCAAUACCCUGACUGCAUUGGACCUUUGUCCCAUCCAGAGCAGGAGAACAAGACAAGUUUGCUCAGUUCUUUGAAUUGUAAUGAUUAAAGUCUCUCAAGAAGCACUUCUCAUGGCAUUACUAAGGUAUGGGGAGAGAUCAAAGCAAUAGCUAAUGAUAGCAUAAAAAUCAUAGAUGUAAUCUAUCCACAGACAUUGGAGGCCCUCUCAGUGCCCUGUAUUUCAUCUUGCUGACCUCCUGGCUUCACAGACACUCCGGAAUUGUGGAAAGUCAUUUCCAGAGAAAAGGAGGAACCUUCAGAAUACUAUUUCUCUUCCCUCUGAUUUCUGGGACCAUGAUUGGGCAAAGGUAGUUUUUAUAUUUAAAAGCAGAGAUGCCACCUUUAUUGCUUGCUUAACCUACAUCAACCGAUCUGGGGAAGGGGAACUCACAGGAGGUUUUAAUUUUUUUUUUUUAAGUUGGUGAUAACUGUUUUGGGUCCUUCACUUGUCCUGUGAAUGAGGUCUUCCGUGGGAAUAAUUGGAAAUAAAAGUGACUUAUGAUUAUAAA